AUGGGACCGAAAGCGGUGGGUAAAAAACUGGAUGUUUAUGCCGUCGUUGAACUGCUGCUACUACAUGGUAUUGAUCCAAGAAUGAGCGAACAUCAUGGCAUUACUCCCUUGCACGUUGCUUGUGUGCGCGGCAGAUUCGAUCUAGCUGAGCUUCUGCUAAGGUUCAAUGCUCCGAUCAAUCUUACAGACGGAUGGGGAUUUACACCUCUCGAAAGGGCAUAUGGUACCGGGGAUAUUCGAAUUAUUGAGAUGCUCAUCGGUCACGGCGCGGACGUAGAGGCAUGGAUGCUAGGCGGAGAGCCACCGCUAGCAAGAUGCAUAUAUGAUGGAAAGCUUGACAUCUUUGAGGCUUUUCUUCCGUUUGCAGAUAUCAACCAGGCCACUAUGCUUGGAUUUGCACCAAUCCAUCUUGCCAGCGAUGGUGCUGACAGGAUAGACCAAGGUGAUGCUGAGACUGUCUCCAUAUUACUAGAGUAUGGGGCAGACUUGAGUAAAUAUCUCCAGUCAGGUGAAACGGUGUCACCCUUUCACAAUGCUGCUAGAUAUGGCCAUGUCAAAAUUUGCGAUAUUCUGCUACAGCACGAACCGGCGUUUUUGAACCUUCAGAUAGAGAAAGGGUUCAUGAUUGAGUCUCCUCUAUUUAUGGCAUGCCAUCGAAAAAAGAAGGAAGUUGUUCGCUUUCUUUUGGAUAAAGGUGCCAAAGCAGAUCAGCUCAGCUUCUACUAUAAGGAAUCUCCCCUAUUCACUGCUUGUGACGUGGGAGACUUGGAAAUCGCCAAGAUGGUCCUGGAAGCUGCGCCGCAGAUGAUCAAUGUCCCCACUGCCUUCAACUGCACCCCUCUUGUAUAUGCUUGCGAGCAUGGGAAUGUUGAGAUGGUUAAAAUGCUUCUUGACGCCGGAGCAGGAAUUUACCUCCCAAAUGGUGCCAGGACAACC